AUGCCAAAUAUACGUUCAACCAAGUCUCAGUUGCGGAACCUCGACAUCUCGAAUGCGAAGAUGCAUACGUCAGUUGAACAACUACUUAAAAAAGAUAGCCCCAUACCAACAUCUACGAAUGAUAUCAAAUGGCCACAACUAAACCAAGAGCCAUUUAAGCUUCCACCCGAGAAACAGUCCAGCCCAAUGAGAACUACGAGGCAAAUUUUGCCUUCUAGUGGUUCUCUAGAGUUCAUGUUUCCCCUGCCACCGUCAAAACCAGCUGGUACUCUCCGUUCCCCCAGCCUACCCCCUUACUCCUCCGUAGCCCCACCCACAUCCUCGUCCGCGGAAGACCUUCAAAGAAACAGCAAUGGCGAAUUCGCCGAAAUAUCAGCUCAUACUAUCCGCCGUACCCAAUCUGCGGCUGACAUUCGAAAUCCUGCCCAAUGGAAGCCGCUGCCGGCUAGACCACUAGAUUGCAAAAAUAAACGACAGAGGGAAGCAGAUAAGGCAAAGCAAAGGAGUUCUCGACCAACGCGACCACCAACAGAGAGUCCUCCAGCGAGUAUAAAGGGUAACCAAAAGCUCUCGCUAUCCGAAAGAUCCUCCUCCUCAGUUCCUGUGGUUAGAAAGAGGACGUCAACUGAAGAAAAUUCCGAGAGAAAAGAGCGACCGACUAUGAAGCCCCAGCUGACUACGAACGAGGAUAGGAAUGAGGAUACCACGUCUAUAAAUCCGUUAAGCUUAGAUGCAGGAAACCAAGAGAGUGUGAUGAGAUUCACAGCGGAACAGGUACUAUGGCUGCAUCAAAACUACAGGGGCGAAGCUACGUUCUUGAAGGCGUGGGGUCUCCACGUUACUAGGGGCGCCGACAGAGAACAGGGACGUGAAAUCAUGGAAAUGAUUAUGGCCGCAGAGUCGAAGGAGAAAGAACAAUCAAGGCACCAAAAGCUUCAAAGCCAAAUUGACAGGGUGCAGCAUAAAACCUCAUCGGCCUUGGAAUCAGGGGAUAAGGGUGCCCUAGAUAGAAUUGAGGAAUAA